AAAGGAAACUGCUUCAAGGGACAGCACUUGAGGUCUGCAUGACGCACUCUGGAAUAGAACAAACUGAAGCCAAUAGCUCUGAAAAAAGGAGGAAUUAGAAGCUAAAAAAUGGCUGGAAAAUCUGUGCCCGAAGUCAAAGCAAGCAAGGACAAGUAUGAAACCCCAUCUAUUUCUGAGCUCCAGCGCCUGCUGAUGGUGAACCGAAAAUCUACUGGACAUGUCAAUGAAGUCUGGCCAAAUAUAUAUAUAGGAGAUGCGUACGCCGCACGAGACAAAUGCACACUGCUUAAUCUUGGUAUCACCCAUAUUGUGAAUGCUGCUCAAGGAAUAUACCAGGUUAACACUGGAGCCAAGUACUACCGUGACACGCAGAUGCAUUACCUUGGCGUAGAGGCAGAUGAUGAACCUGAGUUUGACCUGAGCCCAUUCUUUUAUCCGACUGCUAAGUUUAUAAGUGCAGGACUUGGUUCACUGCAAGGGAAAGUGUUUGUCAACUGUGCAAUGGGCGUCAGUCGCUCUGCAACUCUGGUGUUAGCCUACCUAAUGAUCUGCAAGAAUGCAACUUUGCUGGAUGCACUCAAGGCAGUCUGCAAACACAGAGACGUCUUUCCCAAUUCGGGAUUUCUGAGCCAGCUCAGACAACUAGACCUCGCUCUAACACUAGAGAGAAGAAAGGAAAGGGAACCACAAUAAUUCUGAUUGUAAAUGUAUCACUCUUCUGUUUGUACAAUGAGUGUUUUUAAACAGUUUGAAUAAAGUAAGCAUCUUAGAAAUAUAAAUAUAAACAUUAUUUUUUAACUGAAUUGGAAUGCCCUUGAGUUGCACAACAAAAACAAUAUUCCUCUUUCUU